CGGCGGCGGCGGCGGCACGGCGGGUCCCGGCGGGGCGCUCCCGGCCCCGCUCCCGGCGCGGCGGCCACAGGGAGGGGACGGGCGGCCGGGGCAUGCGGCGGCGGUAGGACGCGCGGCGGCGAUGGGCGGCCAGGGGCUGCCGGUCCCGCUUCUGCUGGGGCUGCCGCUGCUGCUGGGGCUGCCGGCGGCGGGGCGCGCCGCCUCCAAGGCGCCGGUGUGCCAGGAGAUCACGGUGCCGAUGUGCAAGGGCAUCGGCUACAACCACACCUACAUGCCCAACCAGUUCAACCACGACACGCAGGACGAGGCCGGGCUGGAGGUGCACCAGUUCUGGCCUCUGGUGGAGAUCCAGUGCUCCAGCGACCUGCGCUUCUUCCUGUGCAGCAUGUACACCCCCAUCUGCCUGGAGGACUACAAGAAGCCGCUGCCUCCCUGCCGCAGCGUCUGCGAGCGGGCCAAGGCGGGUUGCUCGCCUAUCAUGCAGCAGUACGGCUUUGCCUGGCCGGAGAGGAUGAGUUGCGACAGCCUGCCGGUGCUGGGGGACGCCGAGGAGCUCUGCAUGGGCUACAACCGCACGGAGGCCACCACCCUGCCACCCUUCUUCGGGAAGCCCACGCGCCCGGCCAAGGACACGGCCAAAAGCCAGCCACCAAAUGGUAGGCAGCACCCCCCGGGCACCGACUGCGGCCGGACCUGCAAGUGCAAGGCACCGCUGGUGCCCAUCUCCAAGGAAUCCCACCCGCUGUACAACCGCAUCCGGACCGGGCAGGUGCCCAACUGCGCCAUGCCCUGCUACCAGCCCUACUUCACCCAGGAUGAGAAGACCUUCGCCACCUUCUGGAUUGGCCUCUGGUCCAUCCUUUGUUUCCUUUCCACCUCCACCACCGUGGCUACCUUCCUCAUUGACAUGGAACGUUUCAAGUACCCUGAGCGCCCCAUCAUCUUCCUUUCUGCAUGCUACCUCUUCGUCUCCGUGGGCUACAUUGUGCGGCUGGUAGCGGGACAUGCCAGCGUGGCUUGUGACCCUGAACACCACCACAUCCACUAUGAGACCACGGGCCCCGCGCUCUGCACCGUGGUUUUUCUGCUCCUCUACUUCUUUGGCAUGGCCAGCUCCAUCUGGUGGGUCAUCCUGUCCCUCACCUGGUUCCUGGCAGCUGGCAUGAAGUGGGGCAACGAGGCCAUCGCAAGCUAUGCACAGUACUUCCACCUGGCUGCCUGGCUCAUCCCUAGUGCUAAGUCCAUCACCGUGCUAGCGCUCAGCUCUGUGGAUGGGGACCCAGUGGCUGGGGUUUGCUACGUGGGCAACCAGAGCCUGGAGAAUCUGCGUGGGUUUGUGCUGGCGCCGCUGGUGGUGUAUCUCUUCACUGGCAGUCUCUUCCUGCUGGCUGGCUUCGUCUCGCUGUUCCGCAUCCGCAGUGUGAUCAAGCAGGGCGGCACCAAGACUGACAAGCUGGAAAAACUGAUGAUCCGCAUCGGUAUCUUCACCGUACUCUACACUGUGCCUGCCACCAUCGUCAUUGCCUGCUACAUCUAUGAGCAGCACAACCGGGAGGCGUGGGAGCAGGCUCAGAACUGCUCCUGCCCAGGGGACCCCCACCGCCCCAAGCCUGACUACGCCGUGUUCAUGCUCAAGUACUUCAUGUGCCUCGUGGUGGGCAUCACCUCUGGAGUCUGGAUCUGGUCUGGCAAAACUCUCGAGUCCUGGCGGCGCUUCACAGCCCGCUGCUGUCGGCCAAAGAAGCCGGCAGGUGCUGCUGCAUAUGGUGAGGCCAGCCCAGCACUAGUGGGCAGGACGGUGCUGCCCAGCAUGGCCUCCUACCACAAGCAGGUCCCGCUGUCCCAUGUGUGACCAGAGGGAGCUGCAGUGAUCCCAGCAUGGAAGGAGAAGAGGGUUGCAAAGACCCAGUGCUGCAGCGCAGGGAGUGGUGGCAGAGCCACCCUGUGACCCCAGCCCCACGGCAGAGCAGAGCGGCCCAGGUCUGAGUGCAGCCCCAGUCAGGGCAGGAGAGGUGCCACCAGCAACGUGGGGACAGAGGGUCAGUGCUGAGAGCCCAGCACCACCAUGAGCUGGGACACACCAUGAGGUGAUGCGUGGGCUGGACAGGUGGCAGCGGCCCCGCAGGCUCUGGACGGGUCGUGCUGGUACUGGGGUGAGGGGGAGAGCUGCAGCAGGCAUGGCUGGUGGCAGCCCUAUCCCCAGUGAUCCCCAGCACCAGAACUGAGCUGCUUGCUGGAGCUGGGGAGCAUGCGAGGAGUCAGGAUAGCAGUUUGGGGGCAUCCUGCGUGUCACCAGGCAGAGAACUGGUGGCCCUGGCACAGGCUGAGAGGCAGGGGGUGGGCUGCACGGGUGCUGGUGGCACAGGAGGAUGGGGCUCAACAAAGUCCUGCUGCCAGCCCACACAAAACCUGGCACGCUGCCGAGAAGCCUGGGCUCCAGGAGCCCUGUGCCCCCAGUGGGAACACGGCAGCUCCCUGUCAGGGCUGGUGCUCAGCACUUCUGGCUCUGGCACUUUGGCAAGGGGUUGGUAAUGCACCACACCUCUGUGUCAGGCCAGUUUGUGGCAUUUCCUCGGUGCUUUGCAGGCUGCACGGAGUGAGACAGGGGUCGUGGCAUAGCCUGACAUGCACUGUGUGUGUUUAUCUGCUGCAGGAGGUGUUUGCAUGGGGUCUGUGAGGCAGCUGGUAGCUGCGUGUGUUGGAAAGCAGCAAAGCAGCAGGGUCAGCCACCAGCCAGCUCCAGCCCUCUCUGCUGUUUUGGAAGCAGCGCCUCUGUCAGACAGUGCUGGGCUCAGGACUGAGCGGGUGAUUCAAGAAUAGUCAGCACAGCGCUCACACUUUCUCUCACACCACAGCCUCUUCCCAGGGCUGGGCAGCAGCAGGGAACUGACAGAGGCAGCGCGAGGCAUUUCGCUCCGGGGACAUCUGAGCCCAUGCUGGUAGGAUGUGGGGGCUGUGUCAGCCCUCUUGAGUGGGGCAAGGGAACAGCAGCAGGGAUGGGCUGCUGUGAGGCAGCUGCAGCCAGCUCCUGCCUGCUUGUGGAAGAACUCGGGGCUUUAGUCUGGUUUCCCUGCACUAAAUGGGGAUCACGCAUGUAACUUUACAGAGGUGAUUACAUGAGUCCAUUUGUCCCUCUCCAAGCAUGGCACCAAGACCCAGCUGCAUUGCUCUUGUGGGACUGACAGGGCUCCGGGUUGUUCUCGAUGCCUUCAGACCACUUCAGUCAAGGAGGUUUCCACCCCUUUUAGAACCAGAGCCUGGGAAGCAGGGGACCCUCAGGUGGCACACCUGCUGAUUCAGGUGGGGCCAGGACAUGGCGUGUGUGCAGUGUGGUGCAGGGCCAGAGUGCUCCAUGGGACCCUCUCACAGCUGCAGGGCACUGUUGCGACAGAGGUUGGCUCGCUCUGGCGUGUUGCAGUACUUCACCUUGGGCAGCAUUGCACCAUGUUCUGUUACAAACUGUAAAUAGCUGUAUAUAGCUGUUUUGUACGUACAGGAGCUGGGCUGAACUUUGAUACGGGUUUGGGGCAGGUGUGUGCUCAGCGUGGGGCAGGUCAGGCACGUCGUUGUGGGCAUAUGUGUGUUGUAAUCCUGGGCAUUAAAUAGCUCCAACCUGAUCCAACCCACACUUUCUGGACUUGUCUCUUUCUAUAGUGCCUUCUGUAGAUACAGCUAAACACACCAUGCAAUACAAUGAACAAAACCAUGGCAAAUGUGAUGUUUUUUCUGCUGUUUUUUUGUUGUUGUUGUUUGUUUGUUUGUUUGUUUUUUAAGUGUAACUGACUGUAGAGCUUCUUUUAAAAGACAAAGAAAUCCAGGCUUGGCUUCAGACUUGCCUAUUGAAAAGCUUCCGGGAGGCCACUGUGUUCUGACCUAAGGGCAGGUUGGUGCCAGCAGCCCGGGGCUGACCCCGGCCUCAGCACUGCGCUGCAGGCAGGGCAAGGUGUGGAGCCAGGUGCCCCCGUGCUUUGGGUAACUGACAUGUUGUUUUGCUGUCACUGGUUAGUGAUGCUCUUCAACUUUGUUUGUAUAACUGUAUUAUAUGCUGUGAAAAGCUGAAGAAAUUUUAUUCAGAGAGAAGUAUAGAGAUUAGUUAUUUAUGAGGAAAAAGCUGUGUGUGUUGUUUUCUUUGCUCGGAUGCUUAUGCUAACCAAAUAGUUACCACAAAUGCUUACUGUGGGGAAAGGGGAGGAGUGUGCAGGAGGGCUGUGCUGUCCUCUUAUCAGCAGGCAUCAGCGGGGACUUGGGAGGCACCCACAGCAGCCCUGUGCAGACGUGCUGCCGAGAGCACCAAGCCCUGCACAGCUCUGCCUUCAUUGCGAGGCUGUGCACACUGGCCCAAGGCAGCAGCCCACCCUGCUCAGGAGUGAGUUUGGUCUGCAGGGUGUUGGCAGCAGGUACUGCUGGCACCGCCCCUGGCUUUGCUGACAGCACUUCCAGGCAGGCCAAGGUUGCACCUUCCUGGUGGAAGAUGGUUAACGAUCAACUUUUAUUGGUGUUUUUGCAGUUUGUACGAUAUCAGUCCCUCACUCUGCCUUGAGAUUGAGCUCUAAAGAGUUGCCCUUUGGUACUUAGCAGGUGCCAGCUCUUGGCCAAGGAGGAUGUUGCGUGCUGAUUUAAGUGUCCUUGUUGCCAUAUGCUGUACACUCCUGUGCUGGGAAGAGUGUGAAGGGAGGACAGCAAGGGGUUAAUCUGGCUAUGCUGUGACUAAUGGUGCAGGACUCUGCUAUCUAGUUAGGUGUGUAGGCACACACAGGUCCCACUAGAUAGGAUCUCUUACCUGAAAGCAGCAUUCCAGUGCCCCAUGAUAAAACUGAUGGAGCCAGCAUUGCACUGACUCACCUGAGCCCUCUGUGGUUAGGUACAGAGGACAGCCAGCAGCCGAGCCUGCCCUGUGCAGGGCAGCUGCUGUGGGGCUGUGUUGGCAUACAGCACCUCAGCAUGGGGACUUACCCAGGUGCUGAAGGCACCUCGCCUGUCUCCAGCUGUAAUGCCCACUUGGCAGCAGGGCUACUGCCAAGGCUUCCAGAGAAGCCUCUCCAUUCUCAGUGCCUCAGUAAACAGGGGUUUGGCAAAGCUGCCAUCCGCUGCCACCUUGAGAUUGAUUUUGAGCACGAGGAGGGCCAUCGCUGUAGUCAUUUGUUGGUGAACCACCCACAGGACUCUGCUCCUGCACAGCUACACACAGCCCACCCUGAUGGUGUGCUGUCACACACCUGUGCUCUGUGUCCCGGUCAGCCCAUUCAGGCUGCCCUCAAGGAAGGUGCAGGCUCUCUUAGCAUUGACCAGAGCAGUGCAGGAAUUUAGCCUCACUUAGUGUAGGGAAAAGCAACAUCUGACAAAACGAGGAUCUCCUGGCCCUGUAGAUGGGGUUUGAUGUCACAGGGGCAGAACCGAAGUGGUGCUUUUUGUUUCUAGAAAUGCCUUGCUCAACUAAGGCAGCAAGCUAGCCCAUGUUCAGCCAUGUGCUUUACCCAGCUAUUAAACUGCAUGUAUGUAUGUAAGCAUGUUGGCACAACAGUGCACUAUAUUCACUCCUACAGCAUGACAGCAGUUAUUUUGCCUUUCUCAAGAACACUGGGAACAGUCAGGCAUAAGCCCUGCUGCACUAUGGGAGUUAGCAGCUCAGGCCAUAGGCAGCAGCCUGCCCCGUUCUGGGCUCUAACCCAUCAGCCAACAGCACCCACACAGCUGCAACCCCCCCACCAUGCAAACUCUGACCUCAAUUGCUCUUGUGGCCUCUUCUGCUUGCUCAGGUUAGUGGUGAUGCAUAUAUUCUUAUCCAGAAGCAAUGUUCUUGACAUUUACUCAGUCUCUGAAGUGCCUGUCCUCUUAACUGCCAAACCCAUGCUGAAGUAGCUCUCAUAAAGUUCCCUUAGAAACAAAAUGCACAUACUCCCCAUACACAAACUGAAAGGCCUUCUGACUCCCAAGGGCAUCACGUAGCCCAGAAACACAUUGGUGAGCUGCUGCCCAUACGGACCUCUAGCACGUGCUGCUCUCAUUACUCUUGAUGGGUCAUGGUGCAGCUAUUGUCUAGGCAAACUGUUUCCUACCAGUUAAGCAGUACCACCCUGGGACCGAAUGCAACCAAAGGUCACCUCAUCAUAGAUUUACUCUCCGCAAACAAGUGCCCUCAUUGCAGGCUGUUGUUCCUGGGUGCUCUUCCAAGGGAACAGAGCUAGGUACACUCACCUUAAUGCCAGUGUUCUAGCUAUGAUUCUAUUGUUUUUCAUUUUGCCUUUGUACAAAAAAUCCUGCCAACAAAUAAAGCAUGGCUCAGCUCCCAGCAGGCCCCACCCCCCAAAUGCAACUCCCUCUGAAAUAGUAUCUAUCUUCAUCCUUCCACUGCACUCUUUCAAAAGUUUUAUUUCCCAGUGGUUACCUAAGAAAUGCUGUAGGUAUGUUUUCCAGGAUCUCUUUCAGAUGGCCCAGUAUGUUAAAAGGGAAUUGCUGUGUUCCCCUCUCUUAAGAAAUCAUCUUGUAGUAGACUCUAAUUUAGCAUCUGAUGGACAGAUCAACAUUCUAUUGACAAAGUGCUCUGGGCUGAGCUACAGAAAAACUAAAACCAGUUCAAGUUUAGGCAAAAUUAAGUUGGGAGCAGCAGGUCCUGGAGGAGAGUACAGCUGUCUGAGUUGAUGCCCAUCUGACAGCCAGAUCAGCAGGAUGAGCCUCUUUCUCUGGCAAAAAGGUAAGAGAACGCCACAAGAUCUUGCUAAGUACCUUAGAGCUGAAUGGCUGUGUUUGCAGAAACCAUGUGCCAGCCCACAGUGAAGUGGGUCCAGACCCAUCACACUAAGUAAAAGGCACCUGGUCGCUUGUAGAUUCCUAUUUAGUGCUGGAGGACGGACUUAAAAACUUGCAGUUAGCACCAGAUUGGCCCUACUUAAAAGCCAUUUAGAAACUGUCAGCAAUUAGACAGUGUAGCAAGCUGAGUCAAAUUCCAAACUCUAGCAACAAGUGGAAAUAGCCAGGCAGCCACAGAAGGCUUCUGCUGCUCAUCCAGCUGAGGGCCCUGGCCCAUGCCACAGGGCAAGCAGCUCACAGUUGCCCAGUGAUCUCUGCUGUGGGCUUCAGACAUUCCCAAUAACCUCAGCAAAAUGACAGGGGAGCCCUUAAUGCACAUCGAUUCCGCAGCCCUCCGCUUCUCAAACAUGAAAGAAGCAGUACAGCAACAAACAGAGGGGGAAUUAAAUCAGACAACUGUACAGAACACACAAUUUACCUUUAACUUUAAUUAAAAUAGAGUUUAUUAGCUUUUCUUUUAAUACAAACAUGAGAAAGGAAAACCACCUGAAGAUGUAGCGUUAUUUCCAAAAUUCAAUUGUGAUCAAUACCUGAAGUGCCAAGUUCCAAGGAUUUGAGAGCCAGGGGCUGGCGUAUUUGCAUACCACGAAAGACAGUAUGCAGCAUUUUAACAGCUGAGUGCAGCCAGGCUAAUUGUUACACUCAGACCCCCACUCCCUACCCCCUGCUCUCAAAAGCGCGUGGACUCACUGUUCAGUGUGAGUUUCUGGACCUUGGCUAGAUGAAGUGCACAGAAACUGUGCCAUUUGGAGGGAGAUCUGCUCCUAGGACAAACAGCCUAGAAUCUAUUUGGAUCCAAGAAGGGAAGAUAUUACAAAGACUUGUAACAGGAAGAGUCUAGUAAUACUUAUCCUGUUCAGAGUUCAGUUUCAGAGCCUGAAAGUAAGGUCCAUUCCAAAGUCUCAGAAGGAACAAAAACCCAAGCCUCAAAAGCAGUUACACAAGGUAAAAUUCACUUUGGAGGAAAAAAGAAAAAAAAAGUUUUGCAGAAAUAUUUUUGAUCAUUUUCAAUUAUUUUUUUUUCCCCCAAUCUACCUGGUCAGGUAGUCUGAGAUUCUCAAACUCUGUCUUAUCAUGAUUGUAAGUCCCUCCCAAGAAACAAAAACUCAAGGGGAGCCAAAUGGACACACAAUGUCAGGUUUAGGAACUCCACUGUAUAUAGCACAAGAGAUCUGCAGUAGAACUCGAGAAGCAGUGCUGCACACAUGCCAUUCACCACUGGAUUGCUACGCUGUUUGGGAUGGUGAUGAUAGUUCCAGACCAACUUUCUCAUUCAAUGCCUCAGAAAAAAUAUACAGAUUGCGUCUCUUCCAGAGCAAUAACAAGUAUUAGAAAAUGAGAGAAGCACCAUAAUUCACAAGAAAUGCAGCAUGGACCCUAUAUAUUUUAACAAUACAGAAAACCACCUCUCUGCCCCCACUCAAAACAUACCAAGUCCUUUGACAAUCUACUGGAGUGAAGUUGUUGGUGCAGAGUUGGGAUUCCUUCCUGCUGUGCAGCUUCUUGGUUAUGAACAGAUCACCAGUAAUAGCAGCUUUUAGUAGCCAAACCAGGGAAAAACCGUCAACACGUGUCAAGGCUGUUGUUUUCAGCUCCAGAGUGGCUUGAUACUUUAAAGAGUCCCACGUUCUGUUUUGUUUUUAACACCGCAUUGACCUGAAGUACGAAUGCGGCGAGACUCUGGCUGACAGGGGAGAGGAGGGAAGAACGUUGUAACUAUAGUCAUGUGGUUAGUGUUUAAACUCUAAAAUUUAAAACUACUUGUUAUUAAAAACCUCAAGAGUUCACAGCUAUAGGCCUACAUAGUAAGCAAACAUCUGUGGGGAAAAGAUGGAGAGAAGUUUGUUUUUGCAUCUCUGGAUAAAUUAAAAAGGAGGAGAGAGCUGAUCUGACAAAGAUCUUGUCUUGCACCAAAUAUGCUCCUCAAGCUCUGGGCUCCCUUGGCUAAUUUUACCCCUCCUCUCCUUUUGCUGGAAGACACCAUCACCACUGACUUGUGUGCAUGGAGUGGUGGUAUUCCUCCGAUUCGUGUGGGCGCUGGUUCACGGUGCUGCACCUUUGUCUCUCCUCAGGAGAGGAUGGCAUUAGAACGGCGGAUGCCAACUAAAUUAUCAGCACUGAAAGAUCGUCUCAUAGCAGCUUUUGACAAGUCUUUGUAUUUGUCUUCACACAGCCGGGAGAUGGCCUGGGUAGCAUGUUUGGAAACAAAAGGAAAGUACACAUUAGAAAAGCUGGAACAUUUCAAGGAAGCAUUUACAAAGUGUCAUACCAACAGCAUGGGCACUCUGCAGCUGUGACACUGCUGGCUUUUUUACCUGCAAAGUCAGUAAACAGCUACCACUUUGGAAGGAGAAGAUUAAGGGGGUCUCUCCUCGUGCUAUCAAGAACCUUACCCAUUAGGAAUCAAGACAUUAAAAAGGUGAGUCUCGUUGGAAUCUUAACAGAAAACUUGGAUCUGUUUUACACUUACAAGUUCAUGCAAGUUUUGUUCCAAAUUGUACCUAGUAGCUAGGUCUGGUGUUUGGUCUUCUAACAGCACUAACAUGCACAAAGGCUUUUGUGAGAGGAAAGGCUCAAGCCAAAAUGGUUUCUGCACUCCCUCAAGAAUCCCGCCCUUGGUCCUCAGUACAAGUGAGCCCAGAAAACAGAAGUGUACGAGGACCUCUAUUUUCCCUUUACUUUCUGUAUACUAUUUCCUGCAGGCUGCUUUUCCCACCAAAGACCACUCAUAUGGUCAGGUCAAGAAGGGAGGGCAGCUCUCUGCUCAAUGGCACCGCAAUAGCUAGGGCAUUAAUACAGCUAUUACAUAUCCACGCAUGUGGACAACUUCGUAUUUAACUGUUUUUUCAGCCACUUACUGGCUUACCUCUGCUCUGCUCUGCUUAUUUAGCUAGUCAAGCUGCCUUUAUUCUGGUGCAGCCUUUUUAGUGCCAGCCUAAUUAUUUCCCGUAUAACACAUGAUUGUGCAGAAAACGGUGCGUGUCCUCCCCUGCAAAGCCCAUUUCUGACUGAAGCUUUCAGGCAUGAUCACUGCAAAUAAAUAAGGAUACCAGUAAUAAAAGGCUGAACUGAAUUUCAGUCCUGAACAUUUACUGCCAUUAAUAAUUUACUGCCUAUCAGCAGACAAACUUUCAGAGUGCUACAAUCAGCUACAAGCCUACACCUUCCCUUUAAGGCAGCACCCAUUCAACACAGCCCAGCAUUCUGGAAGUUCAAAAGGUGAAAAAGCACUCUGAGCAUGAAUAAACCCCUAAGUGUAUUUUAAAAUAAUUAUUUACAUUUAUUUCUGCCGACCUUCUGGAGGCAUGCAUUUGGCUCAAGAGUGGCAUUCUUUAAGACACUGGCUGUAUGAGCUCCCGGUGCAAGACCAGACAGACUCUCCAUCCUGUUUUAAUUCUAGCACAUCAAUCAUAAGGCAACCUGUGUUGACAUAUUUAGCCCCAGUAACCCAUAUGUUAUAAAUCAGUUUUCAGUCCCUGGAAUACUAAUUCACUGCUUCAUAGCGGUGCCUAUCUGCUCCUCAAAUACUUAUAACAGAAAGGUAGAAUUAAAAAGUUUAGCAAAUGGUUUAAAUAUUUAUCACGCUUUAGAAUUAAAAACCAAAGUGCCCUAUGUACGUGCAUUAGUGGGUGUGUUAUGGUAAAUCACACGCCCUACUGAAAAUUACUCUGCUUUUAAACACUGAGCCCCCAAAUGUUAGCAAAGAAACAGGCUUACAACCUGUAAAUCAUCCACUUAUGCCAUAGGCUCUGAGCAGUUCAGUAAACAAUUUUCAGUGGAAUAUGAACCGACCUACAACCACAUUUACAAUUAGUGACAGUGUUAGCUUAAAGUGUGAGUAACAAGGGUGAAACAAAGCAGAAGAGCUGCGUUGCUUCACUUUAAAUAAAGGAAUUUGUAGGCUUAUCAUACCUAUCAUUCCAAAGGACCAGGAGGGAUCGGGCUUAUUACCAAAGUUCAACCACCUCUAAGUGGAAUUGGAAAAACUGGCACUUGGUAGAAUUACUGGAAGUGGACAAUAGAACAAUAAGAGCCAAUAAUCCUGCAGAAUGCCCCUGUCUGAAUGGGGCAUCAGUGUACACAGGGCCCACAUUUAAUGCCUUUGUUGAAAGGUCAACAAAAACAUACGCACGGUUGUCAACUGACAGUUGAAAGGUUGCAUUAAUCAACAGGUAAGCUUUGCCUGGGAGCCCAGGUGAUACAGGUAUUUUCAAAAUGUUUUAUGUAUAUCCAUCCACCAACUAGGAAGAAGGUUCAACACUGCUUAAGUUCUUUAACAUGAAGCCUCCACGUGAAAGAACGCUGCGGGGACUUGCGCCAGGGCAGCCUUCUCCAUUUAGCAAAAGGGGCCAGUCAUCUGUAUGUGCCUGUAUUUGUCAUCUGUAUUUGUCUCCUCUGGACAUGCUGAAGUGUUCCUAAGAAGCAGCUAUUCUAAAAGUUUGUCUUAAAACAACAUUUCUUUGGAAAGGUGAGGCUCUAAAGAUUGUGAAAAGAAACAUUAUUUCUGCAGCUGUCCCCCUAACAAAUGGUUUAUUAAACCGUGAGAGCAGCAAGAGCACUCCCUCUAGAUUUAAAAGCAGCUGUGCAAUGGGAUGCAGUGGGAAACCUUCAGCUGGUAGUAUUUAGAAAGGUCCAAGUGUGACUGUCUCUCGGUGCUUGGAAUACAGACUGCAAGCAGGGAAAGACAGACAAUCCAUUACAUAUGACACUAUCCUUUCAGUCUUCAGUAGCCUAGCUGAACUAUGGCUCCCCAUAUAACAUGCGCUUUAUUCAAUGAUCUGUUAGACUUCCAUUCCUUCCUUGGAGAACUAACUUAGCCGAGGCAUGGUUUUAGAAGUGCUAGCUGCAGCUAGAAAGGGGUUAAAUCCACCUGCAAUGCACUCAUCUAAAAGCUUUUUAGUUUUUCUAACUGCCACUUAAUAUGAUUAGCAACAGAUGCUCCUACUACAUACAGACACACGCACACAUGCAACAGUCCCCUGUGCUGCCAACCUCAGACCAUUACCUCCAGUUUCUGUGCUCUCUCUUUACUAAGAGGCUCCAGCAGAAAGCUCAGGUUAUUGUCAUCUGCUAGGGAGCGAAGAUCGAAGUAGUAUUUGGCGUAAACACUGGCAGGAACAUUGAUAUUAAACUGCAGUAGCUCCAAGAAGUGUCUUUCCAUCUCGUUCCUAGGAGAGACAGAAAACAAAGGAAAAAACACUGUUUCAGCUGGAAAAUAAACCCCAAAGCAGCAGAACAACUGGAGACCUCUAGGCUAUUUGUAAAACCAGCAACUUUGAACUAGUCAUCGAGAGGCCUGCAUUAUUCGUUUCAAGAGAUGGUUCAUUCACUGGUGCUCGAAACAAGGUGCAGCUUUCGGGUCCUGGCACUUUCAGCUGGGAGAGAAAGGUAGUGCCCUGUCGUGCACUCGCGGGGCUGACCAGGAGGCUCAUUCUUCAGAGUUCCAUUAGAGCAGCUGUACAAUUCAUGCGCCAUUCUCACUCUCUCGUACAGCCCCACGCUAUAGUGAUCAGAUGAAAGGAAUGAUGUAUGCUGUUUAUUAGCUCUGAAGAACUUGCAGACAUUUUCACCAGGCUGAUAACAGGAAGGGGGUUUAUUGAAGUAGAGUCCGACUAACAAAAGCAGUAGGCAGAUCACCACGGCAACAAAUGGAUCUAUGAAGAGCUGCUGCUAUUAUCUCACAGAAAAAAGCCUCUUGAAGCAACAUGGAUUCAUCUCCAAUAAAUAAAUAAAUAAGCAGCAUUAGGUGGGAGAAGGAAUUUUCUCCUCAAUAGCAUUAGGCAGGAUAACAAAGUACUGCGUUAAAGGGCACUGUCCAGUUUUUACUCAUGCGUCUGUUUUCACUGGGCAAAAUAUUUGGAGGAAAGUGAGGAAAGCGCUGUGCCACAAAAAAAGGCCAUUUCAGCUGCUGCACUGUGGUCAGCUAAGAAGUUUUUCCUGAUGUAAAUAAACAAGUAAACCUGGAAGAAAUGAGUGGUACCCAAACCACUCAGUGGUUGUGUUACCGGGAACAGACCUUUAUCUACAGAAUCUGACAACUCUGUAAGUAAGUCAACUGCAAAUACACCGGGGAAUAAGGGGCACUGAUUCAGGGGGAGCUUUAAGAUGGAUGUUUUACCUAUCAGAAGGGGGAAAUAAAUCCAGAAACCAUCCAGGCUGUGUCCUGUACUGGAUGGUGGGUGUCAAUAUCAAUAGCAGCUUUGUGCUUCUUUCUAGUAUAGUGGACUUGAGUACCAUUGAACCUAGUGCCAAAAUUAAUUUCCUGUUCAUAUGGUCAUAAGCCUAUAGAAAUGUAAAUCAGAUAAUGUUUUGAUGAUCAGCUGAUCAGAGCUUGAUUUAUCCUGCAAAUAAAUGCUCUUCACUGCCCCUUUUGUACUCACUACACUGGUUUAAUUGUAUAAAAAUACAAUUCUUCAUUGGAUUAACAAGUCUAUUUAUAGUGGUUUAAAACCUGGGAAAGCAUAAUUCCCAUGUGUUUCCUGUGCUUUAUUUACAAAUACGUGUGUCUGAAAGAAUGAACAGCAUGUGUCCCCUUAACAAGCAAUCACGGCAAGAUUAGCAGCUGCACAGUUAAUUUUUCAGUGAUUAUGGAUUCACUCCCAUCAAAGCAAGCAAGUUUUGACAAAGGAUGACUUCCAAAUAUCUGUUUAAUUUCCUUUGAUUUUUUUCCUCCCAUAGGAAUAUGUAAAUAAAACCAAACCAAAAAACCUCUUCAGUAAAAACCGAAAACAAACAACAAAAAGCCACCACUAAACUACAACUACGAAAGCUGGCAAUUAAGCACAGUGCCAACCAUGAAUUGAAGGCAGUGUUACAAGCUUAAAACUCAGUUUUGCAUUAUAGGCAAGUCUAAGAACACAUCUGACAAGGAGGACCAGUAGCAAGAGCUGGAUGCAAGACACAGAGCCACAGAUACCAACAGAAACAACACUCGUCUUCCAGGAGCAUCAGACUGUUCUGCAGACAAGCCACAAUGAAGACUUUAGUAUGCAACAAAGCACAACUAAAGAGAUCUUCUAAUGCAGUGAUUAUAUAGGCUGUGUUUUUUCCCUUUCCCUUCAGGUAUUUAUUUGUGUGUGUGUGUGUGUGUACAUGCAGGCAUAGAAACAUAUGCAUGUGCAUAAAGACUGGUAUUUUUUAAACCCGUUUUGCUUUUGGAAAGCAAACAGCAAACUCUGGUGAGAUGAUCUUCUGUUACUACUGCUCUCAAUCUCCAUGCACCUCCACGUCACAAGGGGAAAGGGGUCCAAAAA